AUGGAUAAGGCGCUCGCCUCCGGAGCGGGAGAUUGUGGGUUCGAGUCCCAUCGUGAUCACAAAGGUGAAAGAGUUUAUAAUAAGAAUAAUGAAGCACAACUUAUAAAGCCAUCAGAGAAGAAAGCAUUGGAAGAGCUACGCAAGAAACUAGAGAAGAAAAUCAAAACCAAAACAUUAAGAAGCUUAAAGCCAAGAGAAAAAGAAGAAGAUGAAGAAGAAGAAGUAUCAUUAUGGGGAGUACCAUUGUUACCAAGCAAGCAAGAUGAAGGAACAAACCCAGUGUUGAUAAAGUUCUUAAGAGCAAGAGAGUUCAAAGCAAAUGAAGCAAUGGAAAUGCUAGAAAGGACAUUGUUAUGGAGAAAAGAGCAUAAGAUAGAAAAAAUAAUGGAAGAGGAUGAGUUGGAGAAUGAGAAGGUGAUGUUCAUUGAUGGAAUAGAUAAAGAAGGACAUCCAGUUUGUUAUAAUAACAUUGGUUUAUGGAAAUGGAGAAGGAGAAGAGAGGAUGUUAAUGAGGAGAAGAGUGAGAUCAAUGGAGGAAGGGAUAAGGAGAUGAGAACAAGGUCUAUGAAGGCUGUCUCUGUUCUUCAAGAUAACUACCCUGAGUUAGUGCACAAGAAUAUAUUUGUUAAUGUAUCAUUUGGAUACUAUGUAUAUAAUGCGCUGGUGGCACCAUUCAUUAGCCAGAGAUCAAAGAGUAAAUUCAUUUUUGCUAGGCCUCAGAAAGUCACUGAAACUCUCCUCAAGUUUAUUAGUCCGGAGAGAUUACCAAUCCAAUAUGGUGGCUUGAAAAGAGACAAUGACAAUGAAUUCAAAGCAGAGGAUGAAGUUUCAGAGAUGUACAUUAGAGGUGGUGAAAAGGAAACAAUAGAAAUUUUGAUUCAUGAGGCAGGGGUGACAGUUGUGUGGGACAUAACAGUGGUAGGAUGGGAAGUGACCUACAAAGAGGAGUUCAUUCCAGAUGAUGAAGGUUCAUACAGAGUUUUGAUAAGAAAAGAGAUGCGAAUGGGACAGAGUAUGAGGAAUUCAUUCCACAUCAGUGAACCUGGCAAGGAAAUAGAACAACUGAGUCUGUAA